AUGAAAUCUAACAUCUCAACGUUGUGGAGCCUAAUGGCUUUGGCGGGUCUUGCCCGCGCGCAAUUUGAAGACUUCUUCAACAUUACAGAAUUUCCAAAGGAGCAAAAAGACAAUGUCACAAAAUGGUUAAACGAUGCACGAACGCUUGCAGGCCCAGAUCUGUACCCAUAUUUUGCACACCGCUGCAUUCUCGGCCAAGUCUACCCUGAGCUUUCCUCCGCCACACAGAUAUCAGGGUUCAUUGCCCCUCGCGAGGUCUUUGACCGAUUAUAUUACAUUGGGCAGAGUGCUGUCUCGGCAUGGGCUUACAAUACUGGUGAUGGCCUCGUUGUCUUCGAUGCUCUCAACAAUGCUGCUGAGGCCGAAGGCAUCCUGAUCCCCUCUCUCGAGACACUUGGAUUCACUGCCAGCGACAUCAAACAUCUCGUCAUUACCCAUGAACAUUUUGAUCAUUAUGGCGGGGCUCGAUGGCUUCAAGAUAACUAUUCCUUCGCCACAUACGCCUCAGCUGCGGCUUGGGAAACUCUAUCGCAGAUUCAGGACGGGCCGAUCAAGGACAGAACCAUCUCAGAUGGUGACCGACUGACUAUCGGCAAUGUUACAUUCAGCUUUUUCGUGACGCCAGGGCAUACACCAGGCACUGUGUCGACAAUCUUUGAAGUAUUUGACAAGGGCACAAACCAUGUCGCUGGCUUCUAUGGCGGCGUUGGCAUUCCGAGCAGUGCGUCAGCCAAGGACCAGCAAAUCAUGUCUUUGAACCGAUUCGCGGACCUGGCAAAGAAGGCGGAUGUGGAUACCCUCAUUGCCAACCACCAGAACCAAGACCGAGCGCUCUAUCACUUCGAUCUCUUGGAUCAUAGACCAGACGGCACUCAACAUCCAUUUGUCAUCGGCACAGACGCCUUCGAUCGAUAUUUGAAAGUGAACAGGCAGUGUGUGAGGGUCAAGGCUGCUAGAGAUGGGCAGUUUCUGCAAGUCUAG